UGUCAUAGGAUUUAACCUAGUUAUUAAUCCAAUUUAUAUUCGUAAUAUAUAUUUUUUUUGUUACCUUUUUUUUUUAUUCGUUGUCAAAAUACUUAACUUCCGAUUUUCAUUCAAGUUUUGUUCUUUUGCGUUGAUUCGCAAAUACCCAAUUCGAUUUGGGGUAUUUGCUCAUCUGGGUUUUUGUUGAUUUUGCGAUUUGGUAAUUUUAGAUCGGUUUUCGUCGAUUUCAAGGGUUUUUGUGUUGAAAUUGGGGGAAUUUGGCAAUGGAAGGUGGGAGUUGUUCUGAUGAAGAGAAGAAAUCGCCUGUAAGUGGUGGUGGCGGCGGCGGAGGUAUUGGUGGGGGUGAGCCUAAAACUAAGAGGAAGAUGAAUACGCUUUCUCAAAUUGAAGUUCUUGAGAAAACCUAUCAAGUUGCGACAUACCCAUCAGAAGCAUUAAGGGCAGAGCUUUCUGUUAAAUUAGGUUUAACUGAUCGGAAUUUACAGAUGUGGUUCUGUCAUAGGAGGUUAAAGGACAGGAAACUGCAAUCUGCAGGUGGCAGUGGUUCAGGAAAGAGGGCAAAGAAGGGGGCUGCUGCUGCUGCUGCUACUGCCACGGUUAGCCCUCCUGCUGUUGUUACUCAGGCAAUCCUACCUGCUCCUGUGGGUCCCAAAGAUGAGAUGUUGGGUGCUGAGUUGGGUAAUGAACAUGGGUCUGGGUCUCAAGUUAUUUGGUCAAGGUUAUGACUUGAAUUACUCCUUAUCGAGUAACCCUUAACCAAGUUUGUUUGUCGAGAAAUUAUUGAGUGAAUCUAAUAAUUGUUACUAUUUUUUUUGUUAUUAACAUAAUUAGUAAUAAAAGGUGAAUUUAUUUAUAAGAGUGUUAUUGGUUCAAGGUGUAAGAUAUACUUGAUACAAUUCACACUUUUUGUUUUGCAUUAUGAGAGUGUUUAUUCAAUACAAAACUAUUGAUCUUUGAUAAAAAUAAAAUUAAGCAUAUUAUGAUCGGGUCAAUAGGAAGUUAAUUUAAGUUGUACUCCAUGUUAUGGAAGUAUCUCAAAUUUUCCUUUUUUUUUAGGUCCAAACUUUAUUUGCUUUGUUAUCACGACAUAUACGAAGUAGCACUUUCUCUCUUAUUUAAAUAAAAUAUGCUUAUGUACAUCAAUAUU